AUAGAUUUUUUAAAAGACUCCUGUGAUUGCAUUGCCUUGAGUCAGGCAGGCCAAGCGGUGGCGAACUUACUGCAGUGUCGAGGAGCCCAUUCUCUCCAAGAAGGUCCCUUCCCGCCGGAAUCCACUCCAGGCUUUCCCUCGGGCAAGGGCAGCCCAAAGCAGAGCGCCCCCUGGUGCCGACUAGGGCCGCCUUAUAAGUGGCAGCACGCGAGGCGCGGAGGGGCAAAACCCGGGCGGCGCGUAGGGAGUGGACUUCGGACCUGGAUCCCGGAGAAGUCUUGGCUGAAGAAGGAGCCGCGGAGAUCUAGGGAGCCCCGCCGGACGUACAGAAGAUGUGUUCAUCUGGAGGCAGCCACUGACAGGAUGUUUGCCAUCCAUCUUUCCAAUGCUUCCCAGGCACUACCGACCACUCACCCGGUGAACAAUUCCUCAAGCUACACUGUGCUGGAAAAGCCCCCGUCUUCACCUGCUUUCCCCAUUUUCUCUAUGACCCUGGGAGCCGUCUCCAACAUUGUGGCCUUGGUUAUCCUGGUGCAGUCCUAUGCCCGUUUCCGACGCCGCUCCAAAGCCACCUUCCUCCUUUUUGCCAGCAGUCUGGUGAUCACUGACCUAGCAGGCCAUGUCAUCCCGGGUUCCUUUGUGUUACAUCUGUACGCCACGCGACGUGGCUGGGCAGCCAUGGACCCUUCUGGAGCCCUCUGCCAGUUCUUUGGAGCCUCUAUGGUAUUCUUCGGACUCUGCCCUCUUUUCUUGGGUUUUAUCAUGGCAGUGGAGCGCUGCGUGGGCAUCACCCGUCCUUUGUUGCACGCUGCCUUGGUCACUCCGAGACGGACAAAACUGUCUUUGCUAGGAUUGUGGGCUGCUGCUCUAGCCAUUGCCCUGAUGCCCCUCUGUAGGUUUGGGACCUAUGUCAACCAGGCCCAGGGUGCCUGGUGUUUCAUCAAGGCGCAGAAGGUGGAAGCAUGGCCAGAGGUGGCCUUUGCCUUGCUCUUCUCCUUGCUGGGCUUGGCCUCGCUGCUUGCCUCCUUGAUCUGCAAUACCUUCAGUGGACUCAUCCUAGUGCGGGCUCGGCUCCGUGGACAACGCAAAUGUGGGCAACGUCGAGCCAAGGCCCAUGACAUUGAGAUGGUGGUGCAGCUGGUGGGCAUCAUGGUGGUUUCCUGCAUCUGCUGGAGCCCCUUGCUGGUCUUCGUCAUUUUAUCAGUGAGCAACUCUCAUGGCGAUCUGGAUUACGGCAAGCUGCUUUUUCUUGGAGUGCGCUUGGCUUCUUGGAACCAGAUCCUGGACCCUUGGGUGUACAUCCUGCUGCGGCGUGCUGUGUUGCGCAAGAUCCUUGCUGUACUUCUGCGGCGCUCUACUCCCAAGGGGAUCCGCUUUGACCGUUGGGAGGCCAGCUCCUUCCAAAGCUCAGAGCGUAGUGUUGCUGCUGGCCGCAUCUAGCAUGGGUUGGACUGCUAAAGAUUGUGUAAGGAGCACUUUGCCCAGAGCCUCUCUGGAAAUCCUGCAGAACAGUCUCACUGGGGUCCAACAUCUGGGGGCCUUGGCUGGUGGUGCUCCAGUAUGGGGAGACAGGAGCCAUUAAGCACAUUUUGGUUUACACUAGCACAAAAGGCGUGUUUGUGGGACCCAAGGCUGAGGGAGCAGAGUAUGCUGUUGGCCAGGUUGGAAUUUCCUUGUGAAUAAGAGGCACCUUUUGAGGCAACUUGCCAAGGAAUGUUGUAACCUUUUUAUAGGGAAAGGUCAUUAUUGGGUGGUGAUCGAGGAUGUGUUCAGAUUUCAAAAGGUCCUAGGCUCAGUUCCUGGCCCCUGAGUUAAGCAAGGCUGGGAAAGAGCUCCACUUCAAGUCCUGGAAAACCACCAGUAUUUAAAAAAAUAUUUUUGGCUGCAUAAAGUGACAGUAAUGACUCAGUGCAAAUCAGUUUUGCAUUUUCUGGCAAUGAUGGUGAGGAAUAUCGUGAUUCAGUAAAUACUGAAUGCAUGCAAUGCUUCCUAAUGCAAGCUGUGAGCCCUCGCUUGAGAUCUUUAUAACUGUUUGUACCAAAAUCCAAAGUAGCAGGAUGCUGGUAGUCCAGAGCAGGUUGCCAUCUCUAACUUUCUUGUAGGAUUCAAUUGCAGCCUCUCCAGAGAGCAAGGAUUCAUGGAUUGGUUCCAAAUCUAAGAUAGCUGUGAUAGCCCAAAAGAUGACCCUGAGCUACCAUCCUUCCUUGAGAUACUUGGUUUAGGCAGUUCAUUUUCUCUCUUGUGUAAUAGAGGCAAUCUGGCUAAGUAUAAGCGUACCCACCUUUCACACCUGUGCUCGGUGCUGUGUUGGAGAGGACAGCUCUAGGGCACAUAGGAGGCCUUUCUUGAGAUGUAAAUGUGGACAGAAAGCCCCUGCAUAGGUGAAGUGGGCUAGAAAUGUGCUCCCCAAAAAAAUACCUAAAAGUUGUCUUGCACCUUCAAAGGAUUUGCACUUUGGUGGGUUCCUGUGCCAUGGUGGGAGAACACUAUGGGGCCUGGCAUGUAUUUCACUCAGGAGGAGGCUGUUGAGAAUUCUGCACCUUUUCAGAGCAGUGGACCUGAUUGAUGGAUUAUCUGUUGGGUGCCUGUGGAUACCACCAAAUUUUGUACUCUCCGAUGCUGCUGACUGGCUCCUGGACUGCUGUGCCAGGGAUGCAGGGAUCUGGAGCAGAUAGCUCUGCAGACCCUGGGAGGAGCUACGCCUGGGGCAUCCUAGGACUCCGUCCUAUGAGUAAUGUUCACUGGCGCUGUGCGCUUGGCAAUAAAGCAAACCUGAAGAGAA